CCCGUCACCGCGCACCACGAGGAGGGCUCGCUCCUGGACCCUGAGCGCCCGGGCAGGUUCGGGCACUUUAUCCGUCCGCAAUAAGCCGAAGACUGCGGACUGGGCUCGUACUUUUGCGCCACAAAUGUUAAGCCGCCUUAACUUUAUGGAUGGGUGAAGUCUCUCGAUGGUCAAGUAGUUAUUUCCAUUCUUUUGAUAUCUAGAAACCGGACUGUGUUUGUAGGAAAGAUCAUUCUCUUCAUCUGAGCUGAACUAGGAUCAGUGGCCGGUAAUUUCAUCGCGCUAUUAAUUAUUUACUUGCCCGAGGUCUUAUCCGUACGUUUAUAAACUUGAUCAGCUAUGGAAGAGGAAAACAUCGUACCGGAUUUUAAAGAUAUAGAGGGGAAACUGGGCCGCAAAGUUCCGGAGAGCUUGAUUCGGUCCAUUGCUGAAGGAGUGCACAGAGGCAAGACUGAGUCCAAACUCCCGACAGCAGCGAACAGCCAGUCCGCUACCAACGAUUUACAGCGACUGGAGAGCAAGAUGUCAUUUCUGAAAGAGGAAAUGGCCCAUCUCCGUGCCAUCGAUGUCAAGCUGAUGCAUCAGCUCCUGUCAAUCAACGAAGGAAUUGAAUCCAUCCGCUGGGUGAUGGAGGAACGAGGGGGCAUGGCCAGCCGAGAGAGCAGCUUAAAUGGCAGCUUGUAUAGCCUAUCGGAGAGUCAGGAAGCAUCGGACCAAGGGAGCAUCAUUGGCUUCCGUGACAGGACUGAUGAACUGGAUGGGAUUUCACUGGGAAGUUAUUUGGAUACCCUGGGGGAAGACCUAGAGGAUCAUACCUCUCCCACUGACUUAUCAGGCAGCUUCAAAGACCAACCCGUCAUUAAGGAUGACACAUUCGAACCAGAAUGGACCCAAUCCCCACUUCGACCCAGAGUGGACUCAGAUGAGUACUACUGUUUCGGAUAGCCCCGUGACGCUAACCUGCAGCGCGGCCUUCAGACACAGCCACUACGGUGAAUGAAAGCGGGACUGGAGAAAGUAAAAAGGUUUCAUUCCGCAGGGACAACUGAAAAAGGCGCGGAGUUCAAGCUAGGCGUUGGCUGUCAGCAUCUGCUGCUGAUAUGGUCCUGUCACUGUGAUUCAGUUAAGAGGUCACCAGACAUGUGUCCCUAAGCCAAAUGCUUUGAUAAUUAAAAUUCCGCUCACCCAUAGUACAUUCUUGGCUUUCCACUGGAUGUAUGCGCCGUGUAGUGUUGUCAGUUCUGAAGCAAAAUCUCUGUUACAUCUCCAAGGGAAAAGGUCUUAGUUUAUGUACUCAUUCUGACACAUUCACUCUGCAAAAACUCUUUUUAAUUUCCUUCAAGUCUUAUUUCAUCGUUCCUCUUAAUUAGCCUGUGUAUGCGGUGGGGUUUAUGGCUAAUUAUCAGUACCACUGAUUUCCCAACAUCCAGCAACAGCAAGCAAAGACACUCAGUGAUAAUGGCAGUAGCAUGACACUGCUAAGAGAUCAACAACACACCUGUUCUGUCACAGCAGUUUGAAGCAGUUAAGUGGAUUUCCUAUAGUGAAAAUAGUGUUUCACUGACCAUGAAUAACUGGAUUAA